AUGGGCUCUUCCUCCUUGUUCGGCAAUGUGACUGAACACACGGGAAGCUGGGUGCCAGAGCCCACGACGCGGGGAACCUUCAGCUUGGUCUCGAGCUGUGUCAUUACGCUUUCGCUGUGUGUCUGGAGCUGCGUCCACCUCAAUUUGCCCGAGCAUAACGGCGAAAGAAAGCAUAUAUGGCGGAAGAUCGGCUGGGUAGUCGUCGGCUCGCUGGUACCGGAGAUAGUAGUUUUCACGGCGUGGUAUCAAAGACACGAGGCGAAGAAGAUGCUUUAUUUUAUGAUGGACCAGUGCGGCCAGGACCAUCCCGAGUUGUUCUUCCAUCGCCUCGACAGGUGGCGCAAGAGAUUCUCGAGCAACUAUAGGAAUAAAGCAACAGCUUCUUCUGACGAGCCCCCAUCUGAAAAUUCCCAUGAAAAGAAAUCUACUCAUCCAGCUUCGAAGACAACUUGGACACUGACACACGGGUUUUACGCUAUUAUGGGUGGCUUCGCCAUUGACGGCUCAACGGCGGAAAUACCAUUCAUUCCGGAAGGGCGCGACAAGCUGAUACUCACGAAGAGAGGGAUUAUGAUUUCCCUAACACUCGGGUACAUCGACGAAUUCAGCAAUAUCUCUGUUGGGAAUAUUCGAGACAAAGGGAAGUCUAGCUCUGUUGCAAAAUGCCUUAUCGCGAUGCAGACACUGUGGUUCUGUACCCAGCUAGUCGGACGUUUAGCUCAGUCUUUGCCCAUCAGUCUUCUUGAACUGAACACAUUCGCACAUGGAAUUUGCACUCUAUUCGCUAUAUAUUUCUGGUGGGAGAAACCUCAGGACAUUGAACAGCCCACGCUUCUGUCGCUGAAUCGGAUACAACCAUUAUGUGCCUUUCUAUGGAUGCAUAGCAACGUUAGCCGAGAACAGCAUAGUCAUACUGUGGAGGCUCUGAGAUGGAGAGCACCGGUACAUACUGGUAUUGAUGACUGUUUAGAGCAACCAGGAAGAAAGUCAUGGGCCAUUCGUUCAAGCUUGGCUUCGGAAGUCAAUUCUGAUUCGUCAGAUUCCAUAGGCAACUUAAGCUUAAUUGCAGGACAGUAUGCGUCAGAAGACAUAUCGAGAAAGCAAAUUGUCCCUCACACAGGCACCGAACCUUCUUCUCCGCUUUUAAGGCAACAAAGUUCCGAUAUUCCUUCAAACUUACCCAGAGAGUCGCAGAGCCCAUCAACCCCACCUGGUAUUGUGCUGAUCAAAAGAGGAAACCGAGUCCCCGGUACCGUCUUUUUUCUAGCAAACAGCUCAUCAGAACCCGAAUCAGUCCUUGUGGAUCAAAUCCAAGUGAACAGAUUGACCUUGGCCUCGAAAGUGUUGGUACUACAUCCCAGCUUCUUCGCGGAAGCCGCCAAGACCGGAUCAUUAUCCAAUUCAGGCUCCAACGCAAACUAUCUAGCCCCGCGAGCUGCAGAGAUCACUUCAACAACCUACUCUGCUGGAAUACCGGUCAUAUUCACAACAGCCAUGGUCUAUGGCGGACUCCAUUGCCUUGCAUGGAACUCUCAGAGCUUUGCCUCCAGCACUGAACGACUGUUAUGGAGGAUAUCAUGUGUAGUCCUAAUGGCACCGAUCCCUCUAGGCACAGUUGUCUUAGCUACAUGUGCAAUCCCCCAAAUUUUGCUGCGAGUAGUGGUCGGGUUUCUACCAAGCCUUGCUUCGUAUCUGAAGAAAGCCUUCAAAGAUGACGGGAUUCUAACAUAUCUUGGAAUGGGGGCUUUGAUUCUACUUCUCUGCAGUUUUCUGAUAUUUGCUUCCUUAACGCUUAUAUUUGGAAGAGCUUAUUUGUUGAUCGAAUGCUUUAUUAAUGUUGGAUACCUGAAUAGCAGAGUUUUCAUCCUUCCCUCUUGGACGAACUAUCUGCCGCAUAUUGGCUAA